AGUACAUUAUUGAUUGCUUCUCUUCUCAUCGACCAUUUUCUCUUCUUCAUCAUCAUUCACUCAUCACACAGCAUCCAAUUUAUCUGUUUAAUCUUUGUAUGUAAUGUGUCUGUAGACGGAAAUGUUCAAAAUUCUUCACAAUCCCCCCACUUUUUCGGCUUCUUACCAUCUUUAUUAGGGCUUAAAUUGCUUUUUUCCACAAAGGGGUUGAGCUAUUCAAUACGUUUAACGGUUAUUUAGGGGAAAACCCAUCUGGGUUUUGGAUUUUGAUUGGAAUUGUAAACAAAUUCUUGAUUAAUUAGGGAAAACCCAUCUGGUUUUUUUUGGAUUUUUAUAAUUUGUAAUUGGAUUGCUGAUUUUGUGUGGUGAUGACUUUUACUGGGAACGAUGAAGAGGAAGGGUUAGUGGUGGUGAUGCCAGCGCCGUUGUUGGGGUUGGCGAAGGAAGAUCUGAAGGGUGAUUAUGUGAAAUUAGGUGGUGGUGAUGAUUUGGGGGAGGAUAAUCGUUUUGUUGCGGGUUGUAUGAGUGCUUCGUCUUCUGAGCUUAGCUAUGAAGGGAAUAGCAGAUGUUGGUCUCUUUGGUGGUGGGCUAAGCUGGUACUUGUUCUUAUUUUUGUGGGAGUAUUGGCUGCUGUGUUUCUCAAAUGGGUUGGACCCUUCUUCAUGGAUAAGGAGAUUAUUCCAAUGCUGAAUUGGGAAACCAGGACAUUCAGUUCUCCAGUACUAGCAGUUCUAGUUUAUGCUUCUGUGGCACUAUUCCCCACCCUGCUUUUACCGUCCUCUCCCUCCAUGUGGGUAGCUGGGAUGACGUUCGGAUAUGGUUUUGGUUUUCUACUUAUCAUUGCAGCAGUUCCUAUUGGUGUAUCUCUUCCUUAUUUCAUAGGUCAUCUUUUCCAUCACAAAAUCCAAAGCUUGAUAGAAAGAAAUCCCAAGAAUGCUUCUGUUAUAAGACUAGCUGGUGAAGGGAAUUGGUUUAAUCAGGCCCGAGCUGUCACAUUAAUCAGGAUUUCCCCUUUCCCGUACAUAGUCUUUAAUUACUGUGCAAUGGCAACCGGUGUCAAGUACGGUCCUUAUUUGCUGGGGACACUCAUCGGCAUGGUUCCAGAAAUAUUUGUUACAAUUUACACUGGCAUCCUGAUAAAGACUCUUGCAAAUGCCUCGCAAGAGCAACGUUUUUUAUCAGCUCCACAGAUUAUUCUUAAUGUUCUUGGAUUUAGUUUCACGUUUGUUACAACAGUGCUGAUCACUGUAUAUGCAAAAAGGCGGCUCAAGGAACUACAGAGAGACGAGGAGCUGUUGCUACAGUGAGUUUCUGCUUUGUUAUUUUUGUCUGGACAGGUGAAAGAAACUAAGUAAAGGGGAUCUCAGAGAUUCUUUAAUGACCAAGAAGGUCAUUUGCAUCCAUCGAGAAUCUUUAUCGCUGUAUAGGCUAUUAUCUGCACAUCACCUUAUAGCGGAGAUCAAUCGACAAUCAUUUGUCACUUUGGUUUUAUUUACUGCACAGAUCGCGCACCACUGCAAGGAUGGUUCAAAAGCAGGAGACUAACAUACCUGACAUACACAGAGGGAGCAAUCACUGCACUCGUUCAAGGGUUUUGUCUCAUAUUGUUGAGACCAUGAUUGUACAUAAUUGAAUAACCCAAUUAUGGGUAAAACUGAAUUAGGUCUGAGUAUUUGAAGAAUGAGUGCUUGAGAGUGACAAGACAUAUAAAUAUGCUUUGAUUAAACAUUGCUACUUUCUGUAGAUAAUGAGGAAAGUUUUGGUCUUACCACCUUGUUUA